AAAAGGCGACCAGACCUAGGAGCGGACUUCAACCCGGAGUGGUACAGCGGCACGAGCAUCGGCACGCCGGAUCCAAAGACUGGGCAUUCUCCUCACAAAACUCAGAAAUAGGUCAAAUUCAAUUGACAUUUAUUGGCCAAUAUAUAUGUAUAUAAAAGGCCCUAACGGAAGCGAAGGAAUAUCGAGAAAGAAAUAGCAAAAAAGAAGAGCACAUCCUCUACAGAUAGAAAAUAGUUAAAAAAUCUAUUUCAAUGCCGACAACGACUAUUCCGACCCAUCACAUGCAAAUGGCCAACAAGUGGAGGACGAAGAAGGACUGUGGAUUCCAGGGGUAUGGACCCUUCAGUGGGCGUGGCUGCGUUUGCUGGAUAUCCUUGGUGCUCAUACUCGUCCUUGUGCCUGAUUUUAUUGUGGCACUCAAGGAUGUGUCGGUAAUGAUACCACAGGCGGUGAAACGUGGCAGCAACGCGCUGUUCACGUGUAAUUACGAUAUGGAAAACGAUACUCUAUAUUCGGUGAAAUGGUAUAAGGGCAAGCGUGAGUUUUAUCGCUACACGCCCAAGGAGAAUUCGGCUAUGAAGGUCUUUGCCAUGACAAGUGGUCUCAAUGUCGAGCGCAACCUUUCGAAUCAGAGCCACGUAGUCCUGCAGUCGGUGCCGCUGAAUAUUUCGGGAAAAUUUACAUGUGAAAUAUCCGUGGAGGCGCCCACUUUUCAAACGGCCAUGGUGUCCGGCGAAAUGGAGGUGGUUGAGCUGCCGGAAGAGCACACUGUGGUUACCGGGAUACAGGCACGUUAUCGCAUCGGCGAUUUGGUCGACGGCAAUUGCUCAAUUAAAUACUCGAAACCGGCUGCUAAUUUGACAUGGACUAUUAAUGGUAUUGUGGUGCCACCGCAUCACAUAAAGACUUACCAGACUGAGAGGCGGGAGCCCCGCCCCAAUUACGGGUUAGGGAGUCUGGAACUGGGCGUUCCCUGUAGGGAUUGA